AUAGCCGCAACUUCGAUAGCAGCUACCACACUCGCACCUAAACAUAUUAACUGCAAAGAAGCAACCUACAGUUUUAUCAUCCGAUACAGUCGAAGACAGGGAAAUAUGGAGGCGGAAAUCAAAGCCACCCUCCCGGAUAUCGACCCCAUCGUCUCCGAAUAUUCCGUCGGCUACCUGACCCAUGCAUCCCGUACAUGGGCCGGCGAAGACGAUGCAUCCGGCCUGUCCCCCUUGAAUGAAGCAUCCAUUGCUAUCACUGAGCUCCUAGUAUCCGCCUCCGGUAAUGUUGACACAUCAGUGGAGGACAAGAUCAAGAAGCUGGUUGAGAAAUGGGUCAAUAAGUACGCUGAGGCGAAUGGCGGCGAGCGACAAGGUCCUUCUGCAGUGCGUCGCUUGGAUCAAACCAUUCAGGUCAGCAGCCAGCGUAAUAUGUCGUCCACACUCGCUGUCGCCAGUGGUGGCGUAGACCUUGAAUCUGCCAAUGUCCGCAAGGUCGAAUCCAAGGUCGACAGGAAGAAGCUCGAAAAGGCAGAGCGCAAGAUCGCUGCCAAACAGCAAAAGAAGCAAUACAAAAACGUCGAGUACGAAGCAUCCAGACUGUUGGAUCAGGAGGACCCUGCACAGUCAUACGAAGAAUUCUACAUGGCUGUCAACCCCUUGCAGGCUGCCGGAUCCGCUAGCAAGACGAAGGAUAUCAAGCUGGAUAACAUUGAUGUUGCUAUUGGAGCGCAGCGCAUCCUCACGGAUACCACACUUACACUUGCACAUGGCCAUCGUUAUGGUUUGGUUGGUAAUAACGGUGUGGGUAAGUCGACUCUGCUCCGAGCGUUGUCGAGGAGAGAUGUCGCUAUUCCAACGCACAUUUCUAUUCUACACGUCGAACAAGAGCUUACUGGAGACGAUACCCCUGCCUUACAAGCCGUUCUCGAUGCAGACGUCUGGCGCAAGGUUCUCCUCAAGGAGCAAGAUCAACUUAUUGCAGAUCUUGCGUCGCUAGAUUCGCAACGUGUAGGAUUGGCCGAUACAUCGGCAGAUGCAGCUCGUCUCGACCGAGAGAAAGAAACCAAAGACACAAAGCUUGGUGACGUCCAAGCUAAGCUUGCUGAGAUGGAAUCCGACAAGGCGGAAUCUAGGGCUGCCAGUAUUUUGGCUGGUUUGGGCUUUUCACCCGAGAAGCAGCAAAAUGCUACCAAAACCUUCUCCGGUGGUUGGAGAAUGCGUCUUGCGCUCGCCAGAGCGCUGUUCUGUGAGCCCGAUUUGCUGCUUCUCGACGAACCGUCCAACAUGUUGGACGUCCCAUCUAUUACCUUCUUGUCCCAAUAUCUCCAAGGAUACCCCAGCACCGUUCUCGUUGUUUCUCACGACAGAGCCUUCCUCAACGAAAUUGCCACCGACAUCAUUCACCAACACUCCGAACGCCUCGACUACUACCGUGGAGCCAACUUUGACUCCUUCUACGCCACCCGUGAAGAGAGAAAGAAGAUUGCGAAGAAGGAGUACGAAAACCAAAUGGCAUACAGAGCCCACUUGCAGAGCUUUAUCGACAAGUUCCGAUACAAUGCUGCCAAGUCAUCUGAAGCCCAAUCCCGUAUCAAGAAGCUUGAGAAGCUUCCCGUUCUGGAAGCACCUGAAGCUGAAUACAACGUCAAGUUUCAGUUCCCUGACGUGGAGAAGCUAUCUCCCCCUAUUAUUCAAAUGACCGAUGUUACUUUUGGAUACUCCAAAGACAAUAUUCUUCUGCGCAAUGUCGAUCUUGACGUCCAGCUCGAUUCCCGUAUCGGUAUUGUCGGCCCCAACGGUGCUGGUAAGACUACUGUGCUGAAGCUCCUUGUUGGUAAGCUGCAGGCUCUGUCGGGUCUCUGCUCGUCCAACUCUCGCCUUCGCAUUGGUUUCUUCGCCCAGCACCACGUUGAUGCCUUGGAUCUCACAGUCAGCGCUGUUAGCUUUAUGGCUAAGACAUACCCUGGCCGUACGGAUGAAGAUUACCGUCGCCAGCUCGGUGCUUUUGGUAUUACUGGCACAACUGGUCUGCAGAAAAUGGCCCAGCUUUCUGGUGGUCAAAAAUCCAGAGUGGCAUUUGCCUGUCUGGCGCUUACACAGCCUCAUAUUCUUGUUCUUGACGAACCUUCUAACCACUUGGAUAUUGAAGCCAUGGAUGCACUUGCAACGGCUCUGCAGGAAUUCCAGGGUGGUGUUCUUAUGGUUUCCCACGACGUCACCAUGUUGCAGAUGGUCUGCACGUCGCUUUGGGUAUGUGAUGGAGGAACUGUUGAGAAGUUUGACGGCGAUGUCAAGGCUUACAAGAAGCGUAUCGCGUCUCAAGCUGACGCCUCUGGUGUCGUUAAGCAACAUUAAAAAUACAUAAGAUAAGUCAGUGGAAAAUAUAAUGAAAAAGCCUUUCUUUUCCAGAGGAUAUAUGCAACUUGCGUGUUAUAAAAGAAUGCGAAUAAUGUGCUGAGUAUGUCUCGCCCCUCCAUCGGCAUCAUCUUAUAAAACGAGAAGCAAACUUCUUUUUGAUGCUGGUUCUUACAGCGAAGCUAUUGUGCAUAGUACUUACUGUGCUACAGCUAAAACGGGUUGUCUCUCAAUAGCGGACGACAAGUCGUGGCAAAACGGAA